UGUUACUGCUGUGUUGAACUCUGAUUGACUUGUUAAAGGAUAAGUUUGUAUGUAAGUUUGGGUUCACAUAGGUAUGGAACCUUGGAAGGGGACCUUGUCUAUGUGCCGGUCAUGGAUCCGGGAUUCGGGUCGUGACAAACUUGGUAUCAGAGCUUUAGGUUAAAGAAACAAUAGUAUAAUUAAUUUCAUAAUAAGUGGAGCAUUAGGAUCCGUAUUGUCUUGUUUGUUGGUUUUGAAAUUUUGAAUUCUCAUCAAGCAUAUCUUCUUCCUUGUGAUAAAUAUGCUUUCCUAUAAUUUUGUGAUAAUUAUCAUGCUAUUGUUCUAGCAUGACUUAAGUGCUCUAACUUUUAUUUUAGGAAAUGCCGAGGAAAAGAUGAAUAGCUGAUACUAUUAGAGUAGAUGAUGAUCAAGAUGAUGUCCUAAUUGUGCGAUUGAGAACCGCAAGGCAGAGAAGGAGGCGUGGUGCACCUGUGCCUCAACAUGUUGAGGAGGUACCUCCACUAGUGAAGGAAGAGCCUCAGGAGAUAGAAGAGGAAGAUAUGGUUGAUGAAACAAUUGUGGGGAUUGCUGACCCUGAGCCUGUUACAGAGUUUCAACAACUUAGCCAGGUUGUGCGAACCUGGAUAAAGUUUUCUAUGGAGAGAGAUAGAAGAAGGGAUAGAGAUGUAACCUCGACAUCCCACACUGUUCAGGGAGUUAAUGUGUCGUUGAAUGACUUCAUGAAGUUGGCACCUCCUAUUUUUACUGGGAUGGACAAUUCAAAAGAUCCUCAGAGGUUCCUAGAUGAUAUUUGGCGACGGUGUGAAGCUUUGAGAUGUACAGACCAUCGAGCUGUGAGUUUGGCAUCGUUCAGGCUGGAAGGAGAUGUGGCAAUCUCUUGGUUUGAGUCUAGGAAAAGAGCAAGGCUAGUAGAGGCUCAGUGGACAUGGAAAGAGUUUAGCUCCAUGUUCUUAGACAAGUUUCUUCCUUAGAGUGUCAGGGAUGCUCGACUUUAUGAGUUUGAGAGGCUAUCUCAAGGGAGCAUGACAGUGGAU